AUGGAUGAUGUAAAACAGUCGUGUGAACACGAAGAAGAGAACGAGACGGAGGAUUUAGAUACAGCUAUCUCCCUCGGAGCUGAUUUUAACAAUUAUGACUGUUUUCUCCAGCCUUUCAAUUCCCCUGAAGACGAUCAAAGGGGUGAAUUUGAAAUUAAGAGAGAAGAUGAACUGACCGAAGAUGGCCCUUGUUACCAGAGAUUUCCCGACGAGGAGAGCAAAAAAACUGGUAAUGGUGACGGAGUAACUUCCAUGCCCAAGUUGGAAAUGGAUUUCAAAAGAUCAAACUACCAUCGCAAUCUCGGGAAGUUACAGAGAUUGGUCGAAGACAAGUUUCAAGAACUUCAGGAAAUCACUUCAGCGAAGGAAGAACUAGAAUGCGGCGUCCAAACUGCUUUGCAAAAACUUUGGGUUAAGGAAGCUGAGUUGCACAACCAAAAACUGACAUCAUUGGAGCGGGAGAGAUGCUUGGUGGAUGAUUUGAGGCAGGAAUCGGCACAUUCUGAGGAACUUGAAAUUCUGGUUCAGUCUUUAAAAAACCAAAAAGAGGAGUUACAAGAACAGCUUGUAAAUCUAAAGCAGCAGCUGUGCACGGUGAAAGGAGAAACGGGGAAAAGGGAGCGAGAGCUCGACCAAAAAUCACUAGAACUUAAGAAUACUCAGGAAUCUUGGAAAAAAAUGAGUGCAGGUCACAUAAGCCAAAUCACGGAUAUCCUGUCAAUUUGCAAUGAACACGAGCAAAGGGCUACUGCUUUAAAUGUGUCACCUUCCUCUACAGUGGGAGAAAGCUCAGGUCUAAGUAGCUCUGAACAAAGCAACGACAGUGGAGAAAGCUUGGAAGAUGAUGUUAGCGCAGAGGUGACGAUGAUUGAUUUACAGCGACAAAACCACGAUCUAAGAAUGGCUUUGAAGAGCUUGGCAGCACACAUUGCAGAUAUGUGGCGAAAAGUAAAUCCUGGUUGUGACUUUGAGAAUAAGUUCGAUGAGGAUGAAGAGUCCAUAGUACUACUGAACAAUAUUGAACAGUCUUUCUAUCAACAAAAAGCAAAAGUAGUUGAUUUAGAAGAGCAGAAUGCUAGACUUCUUACCCAUUUACAUGGCGUAGAGGAAGCUCAUUGCUUAACCCUGGGAAAAAUACAUCGUCUUUGGGUCAAAUUCUGUAUCCAGGAGGAAGACGAAGAAAAUCAAACGAAGUGGACCCAAGGAAUUCCCUCAAGUGCCGAGGCAACGGACAUUAGAUUGAACAAAAUCGAGGACGUACUCUCCAGUAAUAAGUGUACCAUACGAGAAAAUGAAGAGCUUUCUCGUGUUACUGCCUCUCUGGAAAAGAAAAUAGUCGAUCUGAGGGCGCUUGUUGAAAAAAUUAGCGAGGACAAUGGAGAAAUUUCAAAAGAGCUCGAAAAGAAAAACGCAAAGAUCGAAGAAACAAAGUUCUCGUUUAGUAAGGCUAUCGAAGACAAGGAUAUAGAACUGGAAAUACUGAGAGAGCAACUUCAAGAAAAUGAGAGGGAAAAAGAGCAGCUGAAGGCUGAGAGUGAAAGUUGUGAGAGCAGUAGUAAAUGCACAGACGAGGUUUUGGGAAAACUUUUGAGAAGUAAGGAACGAGCCUUUGAGGAUUAUCAAAGGAAAUGUGAAAGGGAACAAGCGGCACUAAGGGAUGAAGUGAAAGACCUUCAAGAAAGCUUGCAGAGAGCAAGACAAGACAAGAGCGACCUCCAAGAAUACUGUGAUCUACUAAAGGAAGACACUGAAAAGUCAGAAAUCCUAAUCAAUUCUCUCGAAGAAGGCGAGAAAUCAUUGAAAGAGUUACUUGAGCAAGGGAAGAAAAAUGAAGAGAAGUUGCAUCUCACUGCACGAGAACUUUACGACGAAAUCAAAACAAGCAAGCAAGAAGUUCAGUCGCAUGAGUCAGCCAUAGAAGUUUUGCAAGAGAAGAUCAAAAGCUUAGAGUUAAAACUAGAAACAGCUAUGAAAGAACGGCAAAUUGACAAGAAAAACCUAAAAAAUGCCAAAGAGACCGAGCAAUAUUUGCAGUCGUCAUUGCAGCAAGCCGUAAAAGAAGUUAUUCAGAUGAAAACCACAUGUAACGACGAGGAAAAUACAGAAGAGGCGAGGCAGAGAACAGUUGUUCGCACAGCUGAUGAGCAUCGGGCAUUACUGGACGAUAGAUUCAAAGAACUGGAGAGACUUGUUGAAUAUACACUUGAGAGAAAUGCUAGAGACUUACAAGAGUAUGCCGAGAGGAUCGAAGGACUUUGUGAAGAAAACAGCAAUCUCAAAGGAGAAGUGGACUCCUACAAAGAAAGAUUAAGUACCUUAAUGAAAGACAACUGUAGGUUGAAAACAUUGUCGCGUGCCCUUAAAGAUGAUCUCAUAGAAGAGAUAAGAGAUAAAAAGGAGCUAGAAAUUUCAAUGAUUACAUCACAAGAGAAAUCGGAGUUCAUACUAAAGGAAGACAGAGGCUUUGAUGAACAAUCCACCAUAUCUCAAUUGCCAAUAAUCGAUGAAGAUAGCACGAGUUGCCUGAUAUCUAGAUCUGCCUCUCCAAGUUCUUCUGAUUUUCAAAGUGUGGUAAAAAGGUGGAAAGGCAAAGGGCUAGGCAAAAGAAGGAUAGUACCUAAAGCUAUAAGCAAACAUUUCAGCUCGUACUCUUUAAAAGGAAAAAAAAAUGAAGACAAAGAAGACGACGGAGAAAGGGCAGGUAAAGAAUACCAUACACCUGGUGAAACCUCUGCAAUGGCUGAAAGUGAAAAAAAAUUGCGAAGUCUUUUAAUGGCAGUCCAGCGUGACAAGGACGAACUCCAGCAAGAGGUAGCGUCUCUAAGUGACGAGCUGCGAAGGAAAAAAUCCAAAUUGAAGACUUACAGAAGCAUCACAGAAAAACUGCGCGAAGAAACAACCAGAAAUGUACGUGAGAGCGUGGAAAUGAAGAAAGCCUUGGAGGCAAUUCAUAACAAGACAAGAAGUGCUUACAUAAUGAUAAAUAAGGACAUUCAGUCCUUACUAGAGAUUUCCAAAACAAAGGAUAAGGAGGUGCGAAAGUUUGAGUGGUCGUCUGAAAAAGCAGAGAAGGAAAACGCCGACUUGAUGCUAACAGUGGCGACACUCAGAGAACGGUUGCAGGAUGAAACUACCCUGAAAGAAGUAGCAACCGAAGAAGCCACGCAAUUGAGAGAAUCUUUACGGAAAGUUAUCGAAUCUGAAGAAAAAAGUUUAUUAAAUCCGGAACCUCUUUUAUUGAUCAACAACCUUAACACUGAUUUAGUUUUGCCUCAGAUGACAAAACAUGAAGUGCGAGCCAUUUUGAAAGAGGUCCUUGCAGACCUUGAACACUGUAGUUCUGAAGAGGUUAUUCGGCUAAAGCAGAGGUCACUUGAACUGAUGGAAGAGCUCAGUGGUGUUAAAAAAGAUAACGAAUAUCUAAAGGGCUUACUCGAUAAUGGUGUUCAGGAUGAGCUUCAGAGAGCAGGAGAAAGGAUUACGUUCUUGAAUGACCAACUGAAGAUUUUCCAAGAAAGACAGAAUACCCUGAGAGAGGCCGCUAUCACGGACAAGAUAAAAGCAAAUGAAGAUGCAGAAAAUUUUUUUGACCGCUAUGCAGCGCUAAAGAUCACUUUGAAAGGUAAAGAGGAAGCUCUAGACCAAUACCAGGAGACAGAAGAUGUCUUGAUGAGUGAGAACGGUCGGCUUCAGGAAGAAAUAGAAUCAUUGCAGCUACGAUUUGGUGUGGAUGGGUUGUCACCAACCACGAAGAAAGCAGAAUUUAAGCGGGAAUUGGAAACAUGGAAACGAAAAUGCCAACGAAUGCAGGAACAUUCUGAAAGAGAGAGCCAACACCUUCAAGAGGAGAACAGCUGGUUGCAUAGGCAACUUAAUGAGGAAAGUUCAUUAUGUGAGGAGCUUCGACGUUCUAAAAGUGCACUUGAGGAGUCUCUGAAAGGUGCUGAGAAUAAGAUAAAAGAACUGCAUCGGAAGCUAGAGGAAAGGCAAGAGGGUCUCGCUUGCUUGGAAGAAAGGCGAGUGGUUCUCGAGACCAAAAUUUCUUGUCUUCAGAAAGUUAAUGGUGACUUACAGACUGAGCUGAGCAAGGAAAGAUAUGAGGCUGAACAAAACAUCAUGAAGAUAAGAAGCGAAUUCGCCGCCACAGCUAAAGACUUGAAACGACACCAACAGGAAGGAAACAACUUGGUCACAAAAGUGUUCCUGCUGGAAAAUGCGAAAGAGAAACUAGAACAGGAGCUCCAAGAAAAACAACGCAAGAUGAUGGUCAACUUGGAUUCCUAUACCGAGGAACGGAGUCGACUUACAGAAAGGGUCCGCGACUUGAGGAUUUCUCUAGAGGAGGAAGUUAGGCGAAGACUUGACCUUGAAGAAAAAAUGCAACAGAUUGUUAAGAUCUCUGUCAUGGAAGGACAAAAGGACCGAUUGAAAACAAAGAAGGAGCAGGAGAGAAAUCUAGCAGGAGCUGUCACACGGGAAAACAACAGUAAUCCCCACAAAUCAUCGAGGGAGGCAAAGGUUCCCGUUUUACCACUGACGUUAAUCAACGAGGCCAGUGAGACGACUGAGGAUGAUACAGAAAAUCACAUUUAG